GCCGACGGCAGUGGAUCCCGUCGCGCUGCUCGACGUCGCGGUGCCCGGCUCCGUCGCGCUACACAGCCUCGAGGCGCUGGUCUCGGACGUGCUGCUCCAGGGCGCGGUGCUCUUUUCACUGCUCGUCUCACUCGCAGCGCUGAGGCUGCCGGUGCUGGAUCCCGUCGCGCGGCCGACCGUCGAGGUGCUCGACGCCGUCGCGCUCCUCAGCGCGGCGGCGCCAGCGCUGGGCGCGCGCUGCGGGCUGCUGGCGCUGGGCCCCGCCGCGCCACUCAAUGACGGAGCGCUCGACGCCGUCGCGCUGCUCAGGUUCGAGGGGCUGGCCCCGGACGCGCCGUUCGAAGACGCGGUGCUCGUUGCGCAGAUUGUCUCACUCGUAGAUGGGCGACCGCUGGCGCUGGGCCCCGUCAAGCACAUCAGCGACGCGGUGAUCUACUCCAUCGCGCUGCUGGUUGACGAAGCGCUGGCCCCGGCCGCGCUGCCCAAAGACGCGGCGCUCGCGGCGCCAUCCGCCCCGCGCGCGUAUACGAGGCUGCUGGUGCUGGAUCCCGUCGCGCUGCUCAACGCAGCGGCGCUCGACGCCGUCGCGAUGCUCGAUCUCGAGGUGCCGACCCUGGACGCGCUGCUCAAGGACGCGGCGCUCGCUGCACUGCUCGUCUCGCUCGCGGCUGCGAGGCUGCCGUCGCUGGAUCUCGCGGCGCUGCUCAGCGCCGCGGCGUUCGACUCCGCUGCGCUGCUCAACGUCGGGGCGCCGGUCCCGGGCGCGCUGCUCAAGGGCGCGGCGUUCGGUGCACUGCUCGUCUCGCUCGCGGACGUGGGGCCGCGGGCGCUGGAUCCCGUCGCGCCGCCCAUCGUCGCGGCGCUCGAUUCUGUCGCGCUGCCCAAGUGGAAAUCGGUGGAUCCCGUGGCGCCGCUCAACGUCGCGGCGAUCGGCUCCGUCGCGCUGCUGAAUGACGAUGCGCUGGCCCCAACCGCGCUGCUCGAAGACGUGGCACUCGUCGCGCUGCAAGUCUCAUUCAUAGAUGCGAGGUUGCUGGCGGUGCUGGGUCCCGUCGCGCUGGCUCUCGACUCCGUCGCGCUGCUCGCGCUCGAUUCGCUUGCCCCAGACGUGGAUCUCGAAAACGCGGUGCUCGACGCGCUGCUCGUCUCGCCUGUGGACGCGGGGCUGCCGGUAGAGGAGCCCGCCGCGCUGCCCAGCGUCGCGGUUCUCGGCUCUGCAGCGCUGCUCAGCGUGGGCGCGCCG